AUGUCAAACAAGUGGACAAAGGCGUUUCUCUACAGCGGACUCAUUAUCGGUACCGGCUACGGAUUGCUUAAGUAUACCACUCCUACUCCGGAACAAGUCAAGGAAAGCUUGUCGCCAGAGCUGAGGAAAAAGUACGAAAAGGCCAAACGCAACAGUCAAAAGGAAGCUCAGAAGGUCCAAGAAUGUAUUGACGCUGCCAAGGAAAAAUAG